AUGCCAUAUCCAGGUCAUACUAGGGUUCCUUGUUCCGAUGCUGAGGACCCAGGGAUAGCAAUUGGAGAAGUCUUGAGAGGUGGGAAGAAAUUCUUUGGAAGACAAGUUGUGCUAUUUGGAAAGCCUAUUCCAGAAGAAGAAAAUCUCAAGAUACGGGCUGAAGACCUCGGUAUUAAAGCUACAUUCGAGCAAGUAUCUUCACAGCAACAUGCAAAGCGACUCUCGAGCUAUGGGCUUCCCCCAGAUACUGUCGUUGCUAGCACAGAACUUUUUGAGGCCUUACCGUACGAAAAAAUCGAUCUUAAAGAGUGGGAGACAUGUACAGACGGAAGAGAUGGUUACAAAUUGGCCACUUGGGCAGAUUAUGUUAGGAAGGAAGACUGGUCGCCUUUGAUAGGUACAUAA